UAUUCACCACUUUACGACUACGGUCUACGGGAAGCUCUGCUCAUUUACACCCUCUUCAAAGUGUAGUGUCUAUGGUAAAAUUGUCCCUUUAUCCUCCUUUUUCCCAAGAGCUGUUCAUAAACUCAGAAAGAUUGAAGCAGGUGGCGCGCAGAAAUCCCGAAUAAACAAGAUCAUCUCCCUCAAUUUUCUAUCUCCACUCGCCAUUGUUGAUUUCUGGAAGAACUCGGGAAAUUAGAACUUUUCUCCCUCAUUAUCACAUUCAAAAUCGAGCCAAAAUGGCGGAAAACAACUACUCUUUCUACUCUUCUCUCGACGAUAGCCUCCUCGAAUUCGACCGUUACGUCUCUAACCCUAACCCUAAUUCCAAUCAAAUUUUAGGUUUAAACUCUGAUAAUCCAAUUGAACAACCAAAUCUUGAUUCUCAAUCAUUUUCGAGCUUCAAUGUCAGCUAUUCUGAUCCUAGCACCUCCGGAGAUCUUCUCACUCUUACCAUCCCCCGAAAACGACGUCGUGGGAGGCCUCGGAGCAAUAUCUCCUCAAUUCCUUCUUACAGACAGGUAUUUUCAAUUCCUCAGAUUUAUGGCAAUUCUGUUGAUUCUAGUAGUAAUUCUGUUAGUGGUAGAGCUCAAUUUGGGAAAUCCAAUUUGCAAUUGAACCCUAGUUUGGUGGAUUUGUCCGAGGAUAUUAUUGUGAUUAAUAGGGAAGCUACGGCCGAGGCGCUGACUGCGCUUACGGCUGGGUUUCCUGCUGAUUCUGUGACUGAUGAGGAGAUUGAUGCGGGUGUAUUGCCUGUAGUUGGGGGGAUUGAACAGGUUAAUUAUAUUUUGAUUAGGAACCAUAUAAUUACGAAAUGGAGAGAGAAUGUGUCGAAUUGGGUUGCCAAGGAGAUGUUUCUUGAUGUUAUACCAAAGCAUUGUCACUGGCUUUUAGAUACGGCAUAUGAUUUCUUGGUGUCUCAUGGGUAUGUUAAUUUCGGGGUUGCAUCAGCUAUUAAGGAAAGGUUUCCAAUGGAUCCUACUAAGGGGAGUGUUAUUGUUAUUGGGGCAGGGUUGGCUGGAUUGUCGGCUGCCAGGCAGUUAAUGCGUUUUGGGUUCAAAGUGACUGUUUUGGAGGGUCGGAAGCGUGCUGGAGGAAGGGUUUAUACGAAGAAGAUGGAGGGGUUAAACAAGAUUGCUGCUGCAGAUUUAGGUGGGAGUGUUUUGACGGGUACCCUUGGCAAUCCACUCGGGAUUUUGGCCCGGCAAUUGUCUUAUCCCCUUCAUAAGAUAAGGGAUAAGUGCCCUAUUUAUCGGGUUGAUGGAUCACCAGUUGACCCUAUCUUAGAUUCUAAGGUGGAAAAUGCUUUUAAUAAGCUUCUAGAUAAAGCAAGUCGCCUGCGGCAGUUGAUGGGGGAGGUCUCACAGGAUGUUUCUUUAGGGGCUGCAUUGGAGACCUUUAGUCAAGGGUGUGGGGCUACAGUGACUGACGAGGAGAAGAAUUUGUUUAAUUGGCACUUUGCUAAUUUGGAAUAUGCAAAUGCUGGUUUGCUUACAAAGCUCUCUCUUGCAUUCUGGGACCAAGAUGACCCUUAUGAUAUGGGUGGGGAUCAUUGUUUUUUGUCUGGUGGAAAUGGAAGAUUGGUGCAGGCUCUGACAGAAAACGUACCAAUCAUGUAUGAAAAAACAGUUACUUCGAUUCGCUAUGGUAGUGAUGGGGUUCAGGUCGCUGCUGGAAAUCAAGUUUUUGAAGGUGAAAUGGUUCUGUGCACCGUCCCGUUGGGAGUUCUGAAAUCUGGCUCCAUUAAGUUUAUACCUGAGUUACCUCAGAAGAAGCUUGAUGGAAUAAAGAGAUUGGGUUUUGGGUGUUUGAACAAAGUUGCCAUGCUUUUCCCCCAUGUCUUUUGGGGCACAGAUCUUGAUACAUUUGGUCAUCUAUCUGAUGACCCUCUUCGCCGAGGAGAGUUUUUUCUUUUCUACAGCUAUGCAACUGUUGCCGGGGGACCUCUUUUACUAGCUUUAGUUGCCGGAGAAGCUGCAUACAAGUUUGAGUCGAUGCCUCCUACUGAUGCUGUAACACAUGUUCUUCAAAUUCUCAGGGGAAUUUAUGAACCACAAGGAAUUACCGUCCCAGAACCAAUCCAAACAGUCUGUACUAGAUGGGGCAGUGACCCCUUCUGUCUAGGCUCUUACUCUAAUGUGGCAGUAGGUGCUUCAGGAGAUGACUAUGAUAUACUAGCAGAAACUGUGGGAGAUGGUAGACUAUUUUUUGCCGGAGAGGCAACAACAAGGAGAUAUCCUGCAACCAUGCAUGGAGCCUUUCUCAGCGGGCUUCGAGAAGCUGCCAACAUGGCACAUUAUGCUAGUGCACGAGCUUUGAAUUUUAAAAUCGAAAGGUGUCCCUCAAAAAAUGCUCAUACUUGUGCCUCACUUCUUGCCGACCUUUUCAGAGAGCCUAAUCUAGAAUUUGGAAGCUUUUCUGUUAUUUUUGAAAAGGACAAUGCUGAUCCCAAGUCAAGUGUAAUACUAAGGGUUACUUUUACUGAACCUCGAAAGAAGAGCCACGAGGGUACAAAAGCAGAUACGAUGCACUCAAAAAAAUUGCUUUUCCAGCAGCUUCAGUCACAUUUCAAUGAGAAGCAACAAAUUCAUGUUUACACAUUGCUAUCAAGACAACAAGCACUUGAGCUAAGAGAAGUCAGAGGUGGCGAUGAUAUGAGGUUACAUUACCUAUCUGAAAAACUUGGUAUUAAGCUGGUUGGAAGAAAGGGUCUCGGACCCACAGCAGAUGCUGUUAUUGCUUCUAUUAAAGCAGAAAGGGGCAGUCACAAAACUGCUUCACCAACCGUAGCUGUGAAAUCAGAAGAAAUGUUGAAACCAAAAGGAGCUUCUGAAAAGCGAAGGAUGAUCAGGAGAGCUAAAGUAAUCAGAAAUGGCAGUGUUCCGAAUACUGGGGGAAAUUAUAAUGGUAUAAUGCCGCAUUCUAAAGGGGAAGGCAGCAAUGGCUUAAGCACUCCUAUUAAAGUAGUGGCAGGUGAAAACUCUCCAAUGUCAUCCGAAGCAACUGGAAGUGCUGAUGCGCCAACUUCUUCUGUAGCUACACAUUGUGACAAUGGUUUGUUGCCAUCUACUAAUGCAAAUACGGAUGCCGAGACUAAUAUCACUGCUUCGCGGAGUCUGAAUAUGUCCUUUGACAAAGUACCAGAAGACAAAAUUGGGCCUUCUGAAUUUUCAUGAUCAUGCAUGGUAUAUGGGGAUAUAUCUGUUGUUUCACAUGCAGAUCGACUUGUUAGUGUAAAUGUUGUUCAGUGAAUUGGGGUGCUGCAUGAUCUGGUAAAACCCAUCUUCAUUCCUCGGUCAGGAUCUCAAUUUCCAUCUCAUUUUCUGGGAGGGUAUUGAAGUGCAUUGGUACAUGCAAAUUCAGCUGGACAAAGAGCUUGGAUGUGUCAAAACCUGUUGAGAAUAACUGAAGCUCGACUCAGAUGCAUUAACAUGGGAGUGAAAUAAAGUAGGUGUUUGCUCUCUCAAAAUUGAUUAUUUAGAACGAAGCUUCUAUUUCUAGUAGCUUCACCUCUGUAUCUUCAUCAGCAGGCAGCAGCCCACUAAACAUUACCCUUGUCGUGGCGUGGCUCGAUGGAGGUGGGUAAAGACUACCGUUGUCGGUCGCUAUUCACUGGAAGGCGUACGUCGUCGUUGUAUAGUAUUUCUAAUUAUGGAUACAUUAUUUUUAAAUUGCUAUUGCUCCCCUGCUUCCCACCGUAGAGUAGGUCAUUUAAUCGGAGGUUAUUUUGUAGGACCGGAAUUCAACUAAUUCUUACAUCUUCACCGAACAUGUUGUAGGCCUUUUUUUUUUCUUCUUCUAAUUCUUUGUCAAAGGUAUUAGUGUAUUUUUUCGUUUCAUAAUGAUGUUAUAGUUUCUACAUGUAUAUAUCAUUUUUCAUCUUUA